AUGGUAGAGCAUGACAUAUCGAAGCUGAUUGAAGAGGCGAAUGCAAUUGAGAGCGACUUGAAGGAUUGCGAAAGCACUUUUGAGAACAUAGGUGGACUUGCAAUACGUGUACAGUCGUUUUCCAGGGCGGUCCAUGGUUUGGAGCAUGAGACGUCGCAGACUCGGUAUCUUCGCAAACAGGCCGAUAUGUUUAAUAAAAGACUGGUUAAACUAGGAAGUUUGCGCACAAAGCAAAAGGAUGAAAUGAAUGAAGAACUGAUGCAUGCAAAGAUCAAGCCGGAAAAAGAGUAUAUGGAAAGCACCGAAGGACUUCCGCAAGAAAUGGCCACUGACAGCGACUUUUUUUCGUCGAGCACAAAGAGGAUAAAUGAUGUGCUGAUGAAUGCAAUGGAUGCGUUUGAGACAGUCAAGAGGCAGAAUGUAUACAUAAGCAGAACAAAUGACAGGAUCAAAAUCGGAUUGAGCCGUUUGGGCCUCAGCAAGCAAAUAAUUGAUGAGAUCGACAAGAGAUAUCUGUCUGACAAAUUCCUAUUCAUGGGAGGCAUUGUGCUUUGUGUGAUACUUUUCUUUUUGUUGAGAAUGUUUUUGUGA